UCUCAACCUUAUCACCUUCCUCUCAGACAUCAUCUUUUGCCACAUAAGCUAUGCCUUUAAAUAUUAGAGCCAAGCCCUCACAGAACAAACUGUUGGCUUCCUCAAAGAGUACUGGGCACAGUGAUGGCGGGGCAGUUCAUUCACGCUUUUCCCGGUCCCCCAAGCAGGGGAAGGGCAAACAGGCCGUUAGUUCAGCACCAGGAUCCCGUUCAGGCCUUGAGCCAGGUUCUGUAUCAGGGGGUGUACCUGCACCAGCGCCUAAAUCGACUGCAGGUCAAGCAUCAGCUUCAAGACCGGGGUCAAAGGGGAAACCUGGUGCAGCAACAGUCAAAGGAACAACUUCUGGUUCAGCCACAGCCCCAGGGGGUAAAACUUUGUCCAUGGAGAACAUCCAGUCGCUUAGUGCUGCCUAUGCCACUUCAGGCACCAUGUACCCCACUGACCGGGAUGCCUUGGAACCCUCGGGCGGGUACCCCAAAGGCACCAUGACACUGGGCAGAAGUACCAGCCGCUCCUCUUACACUGGACGCUCAACAGCCAUGGGCAGCAGCCCAAACAUUACCUCCUCUGGGAUGCCCCACCCAUCAGACCCCUAUGGAGACCAGACCCACCAUCCACUGGCGGGUGGGAGUUCCAGCCUUCGACGCCAGCCUGGGAGAAAUGCUGAGGGACUGGACUCGGCUGGGCGAGGAGAGGGGACCACGCUGGAUCUCCAGACUCAGCUGAGGGAACUUCAGAGAGAGAAUGAUCUGCUGAGGAGAGAGAUUGAUGGAGGGAGAGAUGGACGGAUGGCUCCCAGUGUGAACAGCGUAAACUUCUGGAGCCCAGAUGUGAAAAGAGACAGGGGGGUUAGGCGGGAGGAAGGGGUGAGGACCUCGAUUCUGAAGGACCAGUACAGGACUAACCAGGAGGACUGCCAGCCUGUGGAUAUCAGAAAAAACAAGCAACUUCCGUUAACAGUGCAGGAGCUCCAGGAAGAGCUGAGGGCUCACAGGGAGAUGAACAGUCACCUGCAGCAACAACAACAGCAUGGGGAUUCCAGCUCCUAUAGAGACUACCACACGGAGCAGGACCACAGAGGAGGCCACAGCCCUGGCCACAGCCCCAGACAAAGCCCCAGUCAUCUCCACAGCCCUGGUCCCAGGCAGAGCCCUAGAGCUAGCCCAUCCAACACCUAUAAACCAAGGCAGCAGCAAGCAGACAUCAUCAUCCACAGCCCUGGGUAUGGCACCAACACUGCAGCCACACAGAGACUCAGCCCGGCCAACACGCUCCAGCCCGGGCCUAGGAACAGCCCAGGCUCCAGCUGUGCACAGCCCCACAGCCCCUGCCAGGUGCCCGGGUGUGACGGCUUCUCCUCACCCCCGCCUCUGGAUCCGUCAGAGGAGAACUUCUUCCGGUUGCAGUCGGAGCAUGAGCGCCAGGCGAAGGAGCUGUGCCUGCUGAGGAAGACCAUGGAAGAGAUGGAGAUGAGAAUUGACUCUCAGAAGCAGACUCUGGGCGCUCGGGAUGAGAGCAUACAGAGGCUGUUGGAGAUGCUUCAGGGCAAGGGUCAGGGGCAGUGGGGCCGGGGACAGAGAACAGGCAUCAUAACCAUGGCAGCACAGGAGGCUGAAGCCCAGCUGGACAACAUGCAUAUGAGAGAGACUACCAACCCCCCUUUCUGUUUUGAUCCUGAUGUUAUCUGGCAGGACACCAAGAUAUCUUCUCUGGAGAGGAAUAUCAGAGACUUAGAGGAUGAGGUCCAGAUGUUGAAGACCAGCGGCUUGCUGCACCCUGAUGACAGGCAGGAUGAGCUCAAGCAGGUGGAGGUCUACAAGAGCCACUCUAAAUUCAUGAAGACCAAGAUAGAUCAGCUGAAGCAAGAGCUGAAUAAGAAGGAGUCAGAGAUGCAGGCCCUGCAGACCAAACUGGAGACGCUGACCAAUCAGAACUCGGACUGCAAACAGCACAUUGAGGUACUAAAGGAGUCGCUCAGUGCCAAGGAGCAACGCGCCAAUACACUGCAGACAGAGGUGGAUGCUCUGCGAGUGCGUCUGGAGGAGAAGGAGCAGUUCCUGACUAAGAAGACCAAGCAGCUGCAGGACCUUACAGAUGAAAAGAGCACACUGACUGGAGAGAUCAGAGACAUGAAGGACAUGCUGGACGUCAAAGAGAGGAAGGUCAACGUCUUGCAGAAGAAGAUAGAGAACCUGUUGGAGCAGCUGAAGGAUAAGGACAAGCAGCUGACAGGGCUGAGGGAGAGGGUCAAGGGCCUCCAGACUGACUCCAGUAACACAGACACAGCCCUGGCCACACUGGAGGAGGCGCUGUCAGAAAAGGAAAGAGUGAUCGAGAAUCUACGCGAGCAAAAGGAGCGGGAGGACAGGGUUCGACUGGAGGAGCUGGAGCUGAUGAGAAAGGAGAACCAGGAGUUGAAGGACAGACUCUCAGCCCUGCAGCCCCAGAAUCUGUCUCAGAGCCAGGCCACCAACCUCAGCCAGACCCCCAACCAGAGGCCUGAUGGAGAGGCUCCUACCAAAGUAGAUGGAUUGUCAGCAGUAGGCCCCACAGCCCAGAAUCCAGACGAAGCCAGCGUGAAAUGUCCAGACAUCACUGACCGUCUGAGGCUUUUGGAGCUGGAAGUGGCCCGCUACAGAGAGGAAUCUGGGAAAUCCCAGGCUGAGGUGGAGAGGCUCAUGGGAGCUCUGAGGGAUGCUGAGAUAGACAGGUCCUGCAAGGACAAAAAGAUCGCUGAUUUGGAGAGAUCUGGGCAAAUCAAGUCUCCGAGCAUCCAGAAGCAGACGGUGCCAGGUGAGAUGAGGAAAGAUGGCCUGACUGAUGGACAUCCACACUCUCUAUCACAGCAUCCUUCUUCAGCUUCCCAGGAUGCAAUGCGGGAGACGGCAGAACGAAUCAGGGAGCUGGAGAAAGCGCUGAAGGAGAGCAUGAACACCUCUGCACACAGGGAGGCACUCUGGGCGCAGGAGGAGGCCGCCCGCGCUCAGGCUCAGAGACAGCUGGAGGAGCUGAUGGGAGCCUUGGAGAAGACGCGCCAGGAACUGGACGCCACUAAGCUGCGUUUGUGCUCUACCCAGCAGUCUCUACAUGAGCGAGAUGGACGCCUGAACAGUCUGCGCCAAGAGAGACGCAAGCAGCUGGAGGAGAUACUGGAGAUGAAGCAGCAGGCUCUGUUGGCAGCCAUCAGUGAGAAAGAUGCUAACAUUGCCCUGCUAGAACUCUCUUCCUCCAAGCGGAAGAAAGCCCAGGAGGAGGUGAUGGCUCUGAAAAGGGAGAAAGACAGGCUCAUGCACCAGCUCAAACAGCAGACUCAGAGCAGAAUGAAGCUGAUAUCGGACAAUUACGAGGAAGAUCAUCUCCAUCCCCAGCAUCAUCCUCAUCAUUCUCACCACCCACACCCAGCACACGCACAUCACCGCAGCCUGCCAAGAGGGCCUCCUCACGCCAACCACCGGCCCCCCAUGGACCAGGAUGAUGAAGAGGGAAUAUGGGCAUGACAACCAUCACCAUGGUAACCCUGGAUCCAGCUGUGGAGACUGCUUGUGGAGCCAGGUACCAAGAGGCUCAAGAGCUUCAACUGCGUGCACACAUUCACACACCCCACCUCCACCAUACACACACACAAAACAGAUAUGCACACACACUCUCACCCUCACUAAUCCAAUGCAUUGCAGACAAUCUCAGCAUUCAGCCGAUAAACAGUUCUACAAGAGCUCGCAGAGGAUCCAUCUCUUUACAGAGGAAUGUCCCCCUUCUGAAUUAACAAAGGCCAUGGCCCAACGAGGACCUAUGCCCGGUGAAUAUGGCUGCCCCUCAUCUAGCCAGCCUGAGCAUCAUUCAUCAUUGUGGGGCUACAAGGUAUUGGCAAGCGAUCCACUGCCUUUAUUUCCCUAGCUGUUUUCAAUAGACUGGGAGCUGGAUUCAUUUUACAGUACUGCGGUGCUACAGAGCUCUGGCUACACAUCAACCGACAAUCACUCCACCGCUGUAGACUACUACGGCGAAGCUGAGCCAGUGGAACUAGGCAUAAACCCAUGCCAAUGCUGGACUGAUUUAUGAUGGCAAGAAUGCAUUUACUUACUGCAGCUAAAUAUCAGACUAUUGUGUCUAUCACAACAUGGACCUCAAAAUCCACAGAGACCUUCUCAAUGUACUGUGCCAAAGGAACCGUCCAUGUCUGCUG